AUGUCCAUGGUGGGGCACUUCAUGUUGCUGGUGAGCUUGGCGAGCGCUUCGUUGCAAGACAUAGUGACGCGCUCGUCUCAGGACCCAUCCAGCUGUGUACAGAUCGCGAACCCCUGGUGGUGCGAUCCCACCAAGGAGCUGACCUGUACACCCUACAAUUAUCGACCAUUCACCUACAACCUCCAGCAUGGUAAUGUUUGCAACGGUGAAGUUUUCGAUCUGCUCACGGGCUCCCGCAGUGAUGCUCGGGCGUGGGCAUAUUUUGACGCGACUGGCAAGGCCAGUUCGGGUGACUUCUUCGUCUUUCAUGCCUGCGAUGGUGCUGGGCUCCAGUCCGAUUGCAAAGGGGAUAUCAAGUAUGUGGAGCACUUUGCAGGAAGGGCUCAGGGCAACUCUUGUCAGCAAGAUCCCAAAACGUCAAGCAACAUGCGGAAUUAUUGCAAGUUCAAGCAUCCGGGGACUGGCACUAUCUAUGAAAAUUAUGAGGCAGGUUGGUGGAAUGACGGCAAUGCCGGUGGUCAAGCCCCAAAUGGCAUCACUGACUACAUGGCUGCGAGUUCGGCUAAUGGGCAGUGGGGGGAUGGCGUUAAACGCGGUGUGGUGACCCAGGCGGUGAUGGCCUGGCCGAACCCCUACAUGCAGUAUGAUGGGAAGUCCAAUGGCUACGGUACGAUGCACGCAAUCAGCUUCACGACCUUUCCCUGGGUAUGCACUCGCAGUGACAAUGGCGACAACUACUUUGCGGCACCAUCUCAGGUGGAAACGGGGGUGAAGUGCUAUGCGGACAAUGAGCCGGGCUGGUACAAAAAUACACCAGGAUGGCCACCGUAUGUGUACAUCUACCACAUGCUCCUCUACAAGGAGGCGAGUGGCAAAAUGGCCUUGAAGGGUCAGAAGUCGACGAUUGAACCUGCAACGGGCUGGUCGAUACAGGGACCUGAGGCUGAAUUCGUGCUUUAUCAAUGCCACCCUGGCGAUGCUUGCCCAUGGUAA